GUAGGGAGACGCUUCCACCCUUGUUAUCUGCACCUUCUCCUAUUACCCCAGCUUCGCAGAUAGUCAGUGUUAUCGCGGAAUGGAUUAUAAUGGACGAAGUCUUCUCUGCUACUGGCGAGCAGAUCUGCGAUGAUGCAUCUAUUCCAUCAUACCAAUGCAGCCACUGCCAGCGACGGUUCGCUCGUGUUGACCAUCUCUCGCGUCAUGUCCGGACUCACACACAUGAGAAACCGUUUGCCUGCGGCGUUUGUGGAAAAGCAUUUUCAAGAAACGACCUCUUAAAGCGCCAUGAAUGCCGCCAUGCAUCGCGGCGGAGAAUUCAUCAGGCAAAGUCACCGUCCGGCCUUGCUCGACGCGUUUCCCAAGCAUGUAGAGCAUGCGCCGUAUCCAAGGUCAAAUGUGACGACGCCAAACCGUGCGCGCGGUGUGUGAAGAAGAAUGUGCUCUGUGACUAUGAUUGGAAUGCCAGUGUCGAAUCGAGUGAACUAGAUCAGCAAGACAGCAUGGAAGAUGUCCUGCUUGAUAGUCAACCUAGAGCAGCUCAAGCGCCGAUUGAUCCAGCCAUCGAUAGCAGCCUCGGACUGAGCGCUCCUGCCGGACCCGCACGUCCGAGGACCACCAAUAUUUGGGACCAGCAUCUCAACAUCGACCAAACUUUUGACGAGUUGCUGAACCUUCCUAUGCCAGAUUUUAUGAGUCCGGCGGAGGAAGCGGGGCCAUCUGCGUCUCUGGCCGGGCUGGAUUGUAGUGGAACAAGACAGAAAACCUCUUUCGAGGAAAGGGCCUUUGCCGCCGGUGCACGAGCAUUUGAGGGAUCCUGGCUGAACUGGAGCCCGGAUUCAAUGCAUCAACCAUCCAUAGACCAGGAUGAGGCGAACCUGAGUCUGCCUCAUGACUGGACCAAGGACAAGGACAGCCUGCGACGAGAUCCUUCCUUCACUCAGCAGCCUCUGAGUAUAGCCGAUCGAGAGCGUGUCCUUUCGACUUUGUUGUUGUUCAGUGAUAGGAGGCCUCUCAUUCGUAUUGCGACUACGUUCCCAGGAACACAGGAAAUGGAAAGCUUGCUGCAUGGCUUUCUGAGGCACCAACUCGCCGACACCCUCUCCUGGUUCCAUGUGCCCACAUUCAGUCUAUCUCGCCUUCGGGACGAGCUCCUAGCAGCACUCGUCGCCUUUGGUGCAACUUUGGCUCAUGUAGAGGUGAUACAAAAGCUUGGUCAUGCCAUGGCCGACAUUCUGAGGUACUCAGUCAUUGAACAGUGGCGUCGGGAUAACUCUCUAUCUCGCGAUUUGCAGUUAAUGCAAGCGUUACAUACUAUCACCUUUCUAGGAGUUUAUAGCGGAGACAGGUGCAAGAUGGAAAUAGCCGAGAGCACUUCACAGCCGCUGAUCACGGUACUUCGAAGAGCACGAUGGCUGCUCAGUGACCAUUAUGUAUCAAUAUUGCCCAGCAGCGAAGACGAUGACGCGGCCAACCAGCGAAAGUGGGAAGCGUGGGUGGAACAAGAGAGCGUGAAACGACUCGUGUACCAAGUGUUUGUCCUUGACGCCAAUAUCUCCAUGCUGAAUCUCACCACACCUGUUAUGCAUUUCGACGAGAUGCAUGUUCCCAUGCCUGAGACCGACGAGUUAUGGUUUGCAGCAAGCGCUUCGGAAUGGAGGACGAGGUAUCUGAGCCGGCCGCGUCUCAGCUCUCAGCCAACACUCUGCGAAAAUGUCCUACGCUUGCUGACAGAUCGCGAUCUCGUCCUGGGUGAUGAUCCACUGGGCUCGAGCCUGUAUGUCUUACAUGGAAUGUGGAGAGUCAUCUGGGAGCACCGCCGACUUCAAGAUCUCGUCACGCUGGCCCUCGAGGACUGCCCCGUUACAGAAUCUGUACCAUCAUCAGUAGGAGGCGGACAAAGGCUUGCCAAAGCUCUGACCAAGAUGAGUGUCAGGAUCCCUGAAACUCAAAACUCAGCCGGCAUCAAAAUGUCCGAGUUUGUUUUCCUAUUAGAAUUCCUGAGCAUGACACUCCACGUCCCUAUAAACUGUCUUCAAGCAUUUGCAGGUAAAGAUGGCCCCAAGGAGGCCCAGCGAGUCUGUUGCCUUCUGCAGGAAUGGACGCCCACCAAAGAGGCCCGUCAGGCCAUGUGGCACGGAGGCCAACUGAUUCGCGCCGCCAGACAGCUCCCUGCAGAGAGAAUGCAGGAUAUCAAGGUCGCUAUCGUCUACCAGACCAGCUUGGCGUUCUGGGCAUACGGGACUGUCCACAUUGCGCGUAGGAAACGGGAGGGCUGCGCAACACCGACACUCUCCGAUGCCACCCAGCUUACGAAGAAGCCCCUUGUGGCGCUAGACGGUGUGCUAACUUCGGAGGUGCGCAGAUUUAUAUCUCUUGACGAGGGGACGCCUUACAUCAGUGACAGUAACUGCCAGGAUGGCGAUUAUGUGGACGAGAAUAGGGUCAAGCUGCUGCUGAGGCCAAGCGAGACGAUGGCCGGCACGAUCCGCGUCCUGAGACCGCACAGACAAGGCUCUUACCCACCUUUAGCAGAGAGCUUCACACGGUUGAUGAGUGAGAUUGGUAGAGCUGCAAAGGCAAUUGGAAUGUGAAUGUUUAUCAACUGUAAUACGCUGUUCAUAACGAUAAGGACAAAUGUAGAAUAUCGCCCGUCGGUUCGCCCGAAACCGUCUGC